UUAGUGGGAAACUUUCUGUGCAAUCAUCCAGACAUCAAAGCUCUCUCCCUCCCUCCCUCUCUCUCUCUCUCUAUAUCACACGCACACUAACAAUGAGGGAAUCACUUGGAAGGUCCAUUAAUUUAUUUGUUUCUCAAUUUAGCUGAACUCAAGCAGAGUUCACCAUAUUGGAUCAUUAGUUUUUCCUCAACCAAUCCGGCGCCAUCUUGAUAAUGCGACACAUUGACCGAUUUCGUCGUCAGAUGUACUCAAUCUCUGCUUCAACCAUUCUGAGUUUGUGAUAGAAGUUGUUGGUUGUUCAUAACCCACCACAGAAUUUGGACCAGAUCCAUCUCUGAGGGCAUAGAAUUGCACCAGUUUAAAGCAAUUGAUAGGAGCUUUGCAUGUACACCAAAGUUUUGUAUGCUUUUUUGUAGGUCAUAGUGGGUGGCGAGAUGUUAAUUGUUUUUUAUUGAAUACUCAGGUUUAGAGAGGGGUUUACUAUAUGAUGGAGGCCUGCGAUUGCAUCGACACCCAAUGGUCUCCUGGAGAACUACUUGUGAAGUAUCAGUACAUAUCAGACUUCUUGAUUGCUUUGGCAUAUUUUUCGAUUCCCCUUGAGCUCAUAUACUUUGUGCAAAAAUCUGCGUUCUUCCCGUAUAGAUGGGUGCUGAUGCAGUUUGGUGCUUUCAUUGUUCUUUGUGGGGCGACUCACUUCAUAAAUCUGUGGACAAUGAGUAUGCAUUCAAAAGCUGUUGCUGUGGUGAUGACACUUGCGAAAGUUUCUUGUGCCAUUGUGUCAUGUGCAACAGCUUUGAUGCUUGUCCACAUAAUUCCUGACUUGCUGAGCGUAAAAACCAGGGAAUUGUUUUUGAAGAAUAAAGCUGAAGAGCUCGACAGAGAGAUGGGCCUCAUUCUUACACAAAAGGAAACUGGAUGGCACGUUAGGAUGCUAACUUAUGAGAUCAGAAGUACUCUUGACCGCCAUACCAUACUGAGAACAACUCUUGUAGAAUUGGGAAGGACAUUAGGGCUUGAGGAAUGUGCCUUGUGGAUGCCGUCACGAACUGGCACGACGUUGCAACUCUGCCACACUCUACACCAUCAGCUAUCUGUUGGAUCUAACAUUCCGAUAAACCUUCCCGCAGUCAAUGAAGUUUUCAGUAGUGGACGAGUGAUGCAUAUACCCUAUACGUGUCCUCUGGCUAGGAUCAGACCUCUCGUGGGCAGAUAUAUGCCACCAGAAGUUGUUGCAGUUCGAGUACCUCUCUUGCACCUAUCAAAUUUUCAGAUUAACGAUUGGCCUGACCUUUCGGUAAAAAGCUAUGCAGUGAUGGUUCUGAUUCUCCCCACAAACUGUGGUAGACAAUGGCGAGAGCACGAGUUGGAACUUGUUGAAGUUGUUGCAGACCAGGUAGCUGUGGCUCUCUCCCAUGCUGCUAUUCUUGAAGAAUCCAUGCGAGCUCGGGAUCAGCUUGUUAAGCAGAAUAUUGAUUUAGAUUUAGCUCGCCGCGAGGCAGAGAUGGCAAUUCAUGCUUGCAAUGAUUUCCUAGCAGUAAUGAAUCAUGAAAUGAGGACACCAUUUCAUUCAAUUGUUGCGCUCUCUUCACUGCUUCUAGAUACCGAAAUGACUCCUGAACAAAGGGUUAUGAUUGAAACCAUACUGAAGAGCAGCGAACUCUUGGCGACGCUUAUUAAUGAUGUUCUUGACCUUUCUAAACUUGAGGACGGCAGCCUUGAGCUAGACAUUGGGACAUUCAAUCUUCAUGGUAUUGUCAGAGAGGUUAUUAAUCUGACAAAGCCCAUUGCUUCUGCAAAAAAACUAUCCAUGACUGCAUUUCUGGCUCCUGACCUGCCUACCCAUGCUGUUGGCGAUGAGAAACGCCUUAUGCAAACUUUGCUAAAUAUAAUCGGGAAUGCUGUGAAGUUCACAAAGCAAGUCUACGUAUCGGUUGUAGCUUCCAUUGCAAAACCAGAGUCUUUAGUGGAGUGGCGACCACCCGAAUUCCAUCCAGUCUUUAGUAAUGCUCACUUCUACCUGAGAUUGCAGGUUAAGGACUCUGGCUGUGGCAUACAGCCACAAGAUAUUUCUCAAAUAUUUACCAGAUUUAUUCAUCCUCGAAGUGGAGCUAAUCGAGUUAGUGGCGGUGUAGGACUUGGACUUGCCAUUUGCAAAAGAUUUAUAGAACUCAUGGGAGGUCACAUAUCCAUCGAGAGUGAAGGCCACGACAAGGGCACCAACGUCAGUUUCAUCGUCAAACUACAGAAAUGCAGCAAUGCAAAUGACCCGGCAGCCCACGAGACUUCACCUAGAGCUCAGUCUAGUCAUGGAAGCGCCGAUUUUGCACGGCACAAACCUCUCAGAGAUACUGACAGAACAGUCCCUUCCAGCUCCCCAUAUCAAAGAAGUUUUUGAAGUCUCAAAUGCGAGUGCUUUAUUCUAACGGCGUAUCCCAACGAGGUAGAUUUUUCGUAUGAUCCAGUAAUUGUUACAUACCACUGUGGUGGAUUGGGAUGAAUUCGCUAGAACGCCGACGCGAGUGUCCAAGCAAUCUUGUGAGUAUAAACUUUGACUGUUUCGGUAGAAUUACUGUUGAUCCCGGCUCAGUUUUCUUGACGUCUGCAUUUGCCCUACUUAGUCCUAGGAACCGCCCAUGACGCACUUUUGUAUAGAUUGGGAUGAUUCCCACCGAUGGAAAUUCACAUUCUCUAUACGCGGAGCAAUGACUUA